AUGUCUGAAGCCGAUGCUACUAAGAAGGUAACCGAAGGUGUUGCCAACCUACAUUUGGAUGAAGUUACCGGUGAAAUGGUCUCUAAGUCUGAAUUGAAGAAACGUAUUAAGAUGAGACAAGUCGAAGCUAAGAAAGCUGCAAAGAAGGCUAACGCUAAGCCAGUUGCCGCUCCAAAGAAGAAGAAGGAUGAUGCUUUAGCUGAUUUAGAUCCAUCCCAAUACUUUGAAGCUAGAUCUCGUCAAAUUCUAGAACUAAGAAAGAGUAAUGAUCCAAACCCUUACCCACAUAAAUUCCAAGUUUCUAUUAGUAACCCUGAAUUUUUAAAGAAAUACGCUUAUUUGAAGAGAGGUGAAACUUUACCAGAAGAAAAAGUCUCUAUUGCUGGUAGAGUCCAUGCUAAGAGAGAAUCUGGUUCUAAAUUGAAGUUUUAUGUCAUUCAUGGUGAUGGUGUCGAAGUUCAAGUGAUGUCUCAAUUACAAGAUUAUGGUAUCGAAGCAAAUUACGAAAAAGACCAUGAUCUAAUUAAGAGAGGUGAUAUUGUUGGUUUCGAAGGUUACGUUGGUAGAACUCAACCAAAGAAAGGUGGUGAAGGUGAAAUCUCCGUCUUCGUUAGCCGUAUUGAAUUAUUGACCCCAUGUUUACACAUGCUACCAGCUGAUCACUUCGGUUUCAAGGAUCAAGAAACCCGUUACAGAAAACGUUACUUAGAUUUGAUUAUGAACAAGGACUCUCGUGGCCGUUUCAUUACUCGUUCUAAGAUCAUCAAGUUUAUCAGAAAGUUCUUGGACGACAGAGACUUUAUUGAAGUUGAAACUCCAAUGAUGAAUGUUAUUGCUGGUGGUGCCACUGCUAAGCCUUUCGUUACUCAUCAUAAUGAUUUGAACAUGGACAUGUUCAUGAGAAUUGCUCCAGAAUUAUUCUUAAAGGAAUUAGUUGUCGGUGGUAUGGACCGUGUUUAUGAAAUUGGUAGACAAUUCAGAAAUGAAGGUAUUGAUAUGACUCACAACCCUGAAUUCACCACUUGUGAAUUCUAUCAAGCUUAUGCUGAUGUCUAUGAUCUAAUGGAUAUGACCGAAUUACUAUUCUCCGAAAUGGUUAAGGAAAUUACUGGUUCUUACAUUGUUCAAUACCACCCAGAUCCAAAUGACACCGAAAAGACUUAUGAAUUGAACUUCACUAGACCAUGGAAGAGAAUCAACAUGAUCGAAGAAUUAGAAAAGAGAUUCGAUGUCACUUUCCCAGCUGGUGACGAACUACAUACCGCUGAAACCGGUGAUUUCUUAAAGAAAUUAUUGAUUAAGCACAAACUUGAUUGUCCUCCACCUUUGACCAACGCAAGAAUGCUAGAUAAGUUAGUUGGUGAACUAGAAGACACAUGUAUAAAUCCAACUUUCAUCUUUGGUCACCCACAAAUGAUGUCUCCAUUGGCUAAGUACUCCAGAGAUCAACCAGGUCUAUGUGAACGUUUUGAAGUCUUUGUUGCUACUAAGGAAAUCUGUAAUGCUUACACUGAAUUGAAUGAUCCAUUUGACCAAAGAGCUCGUUUCGAAGAACAAGCUAGACAAAAGGAUCAAGGUGAUGAUGAAGCUCAAUUAGUCGAUGAAGUAUUCUGUAACGCUCUAGAAUAUGGUCUACCACCAACUGGUGGUUUCGGUUGUGGUAUUGAUAGAUUGGCUAUGUUCUUAACUGACUCUAACACUAUUAGAGAAGUUCUAUUAUUCCCAACUUUGAAACCAGAUGUUCUAAGAGACGAGACAAAGAAGGAAGAAAAGGCUUAA